AUGACGCCGCGCACAAGGACACCCUGCAUCAACCGUGACACGGUGCUUCGGAUCAAUCGCCGUUUGCCGAGGCAUCGAUCUUGCGACAACUUCUGGCCACCACCAGCGGGGCGGAGUCCUUCUCCUCGCAACAGGAGUCCGGCAGAAGGUGGGUGCUUUGCAUUCGAUGGUAUCCGACGGUACGGCAGCCACGAGAGUGUGUACUUUAACGAACAGAUUCGAAAGCAGCACAAAAUCGAUCCCCUGCGGAUAAUGUUCGACAAAGCUAAUGUUGCUCUGGUAGACUGGGGUCGAAAGGGUGCCGCUGUACGACAGAGUGUGGGUGAUAACGAAGUUUACAAUAGACGAUGGCAGGUAAAAAAUGACAAUAAUGGUGCUGGAAAUAAUCCCAUCAACCAGGGUGACAGCAGUGAAGGUACGUGGCCCCCUUUACGUCCGCAAAUUUGUGUUACGGAACUGGUUAUUGAAUGUGGUGAAAGCUGGGAACCAAAAUCGCCACCUCCACCCCCACCUCCGAGACGAUAUUUGCUACCGAUAGAACAGCUGCACCGUGAAAUAGGUAUCGAGAUUCUUCUAAAGCUUAACGAGGGUCAUUUGCAUCAAAAAGAACCACUUCUUGGAAGCCCCACCGCAGAUGUCAACGAAAGUAAUCGAAAGUCCAGCAUGGCAUCGGAUGAUGCAGGUCUUCAGCAUGACGGAAUCCAAUCAAAACCUCCUCGCAAAGUGCGCCCUACAGCUUCGAAGCGAACCACCAGCAAACCUCCGACGCCCACCAAAUUUGGCCACAAUAACUCGCCAAAUCUCAAUGAGUUUACCAGCAAUCGUAAUGAUUUUAAUCUAAAUUCAAACGCAGCUUCAAAUUCAAAUAUUGAUAACAAUUUCAAACCGCCAACUCCAACGCCGCUGAUUACCGUGACUGAUUACCAGCAGUACGACAGUCAUCAGAACCACCAGCAAACAGCAGCGCUAAAAACAAACGACCAAUUAUUAAAUGAAAUAAUAGAUGAAAAUCAUAAUUACAACAAAAAACUUAUUACAAACAGUGGCGAAGCGAAUGCGGGUGCUGCUGCCGGCCCAGCCGAAUCAUACAAUCCCCUGGCCACGCGGCUUCCACCGGUCCCUAACGAGCAGCAUUCAAAAUUAAAUGUGGCAAAUCAGCCAAAUCGUAAUUGGAUUAAUUUAAAUUCAAAUGAAAUCUAUCCUCAAGCCACCGCCGCCGCUGCGAAUCGGCCGGUAGCAAGUGCGCGUACGUCAAACACACGUGUCCAUCGGACCGAAUCCACUGCGUCUCCUACGACCGAUGGCGAUGAUGGCUUCAUUUCUGCCGAUGCUAUCUCCGACCAACUCCCGGCAGCGCCAACAGCAGCAGCAACUAAUGAAGGCCAACGGGCAGCCACCGAUGGCACCGAGCUUGGUGGCGACAUUCGCUGUAAUUACGAUAGUAAAAGUGUUAAAAGUAAUUAUUGGGAGCACGAGGUCAGGUCGGAACUGUCAUAUCCGCAGCAGCAGCAGCCCAGCUGCGAAAUCCGUCGCUCCGAGAGUCGAGAUUCAACGCGCAGCUGGCGUGUCGAAGAAGUGCUCGAGUUUCCCCCGCCGCCGGCGUAUUUGUGUGAGUGCGAAGGCGACGGACGGAUCCCGUCGGGACGCUGUUCCGAGGAAAGUUUCGCUUUCGGCACCACCGACGGAAGCACCAGCGACGGUGGAGCGCAAAUCUGCGAUAACCGCAAUGUCCUCCCAGCGCCGACAAAGCAACCGUUCCCGGUCAGCGGCAGCGCUGACAGUCCGACAAUUUCCCAAAUCUGUCAGCAGAUCUCAACACCGUUCGGUUCAUCAACUCCCGCAUCGGCCGCCAGAACGGUUGAUGUUUGCCCUGAUUUCGGCCGCCACCGUUGUGAUGAUCCUGCAGAUGCCGCUGCCUGCAUCGACCAGCUAACUGAUGAUUAUUUUAAAAUGAAUUUAACGGAUGAUAAAUUUGUGAGCGAAAGCGUAAAUACUGGACACAAUUUUGGUAGCGAAGCAAAUGAAUCUCGACAGGUGAGCCUCGCAGGCGAGACCAACUCCGGUCAAAGUUUCAAUCAAGAGCACCGAUCGAUGGAAUCAUUUCUGACACACGAGCAACACUCGACUAAUUACAACACCAGCCAAGAGGUGGCGCCGUCACCCGGUGCCAAAAAUAGCUCUCGCUACAUCAGCUUCACCGACGGGGAAUAUAUUUUCAGACCGUAUGAGCGGUACUCGGGGGAAUUCGAACGAUUUGACCUGUGGAGCAGCCAGCUCUGUCACCAUCCGGAUUGUCGCCAUCGUAGGAAACAAUCACCGACUGCUGCCGGUGACACACCGGUGGUCCCGCUAGAAGAUACUGGUGACUGUGGUUGUUCGAAGCGAACGUCGCAGGCUUGCAGUGAAACCUUGAAAGGUAGCGAAGAUCUCGCGUGUGCUUCUGGCAAAAAGUCUGACACGGAAUGGGCAGUCGCGAGCCAGCAGGGAAAUUAUGAUGACACUACGAGGAACGUUCCAGCCGGAGACGAAACUCGGCAACCGGCUGCAUCCCCCUACCAGCGGUGGGUACGCUUCGAAAACGGAAAUAUCUCACCUCCAGUGGCGACGGCAAGCGGAAGUGAUGAUAGGUCACCAACUCCACGCGUUCCGACCCCCUAUCCCGGUUCCCCCGUUGACGCCGACGCACCGGAAAAUCAUGACAUUUUCGAUCAAUUCGCUGCUGCAAUGGCAUCCGGCGCUCAUCGGCACUGCGAACUACGGCAGGAGCAGCAUCAGCAGCAGCAGUCGCAUCUGGUGGAAAAUGUGCCCCUGAUUGAUGCCGUCUUGGAUGAUUUGCUAACGUUUUCCAAGACGCUGACCCUGCAGCAGUUUGGCACUGAAGAUUCUAAUCCAACCCCGGCAGUAGUACGUGAGCCGGCAAAAAUUGUCGAGAUAAACGACGAUGAUUUAAUUAAUUUAUUAGCUGAUGAUGACAAUAGGCGAAAUCGUACGGAGAAAAGUCCAUCUUCCAGCAAAAAGGAUGAGGAAAAUGCAGUCCUACAGCAAGUUUUCGGCAACGAGGGUGAUGAAAAUGCCAAUGAAAGACAAACGCAUUGGACUGACAGUUCGAGAAAUGUGUUGGAUGAUUAUUCGAACAACGAGCAAACUACGGAGGACAUAUUCGGCAACGUUGCCAUUUUCAACUGGAACCCAAUGGACGUCUACCAACAGCACGGGCUGUUUAUGAUUGAUCCUCGUUUUGCACUUGCGGACUUGCGAGCCACUGUAGGACCAACCGCAGAUACCAUCGCUACUGCCAGCCCUCGUCGUUCUGACCGUGGCCAAAGUAAUGACCAAGACGACCAAGAUCCCAGUUAUAACGAGCCGGUAGGAAACGUCAGCGAUGUCGGCUCGAAAAGAAAUGGAGACCAUUUGAAUUUGCCAAAGCGUGAGCAGGCUUUCAAUGAUGCAGGGGGGCAUCUAAUGGGCUGCAAAGAUGACGAUGGCGAUGGCACUGUCGGCCCCACUGACACUAUUGGCAGCGUGAAGGAAAUAACUGAUGGCACGGAUCCGUCAUCGGCGGACGUGAAUUCAUUUGCAACUCAACGAAGCACCGGAGAUUCCUUUCCGCCUUACACCACCGCCGGCGGGUUGCUGGAAAGUCAUAAAAUCCCAAAUGACAGUCAAGCCAGUCCCGGACCGGCGGUGGACCAUUUUUACGACUCAGCUCACGUCGAAUAUCCGGUUAGACUAGACUGGAGCUGCCCAACCGCCACCGCUAAGAAACGCCAUCAAUCGCCACCACCGACGCUGCUAACGCCAGCGUCAUUGCCGUCGUUGUCGUCGUCGUCGCCGUCGUCGUCGUUGCCGUUGGUAGAAUCUGAUUAUGAUAAUGAUGCUAGCAUGCAAAGCAUUACCGGUCCACAGAUGCAGUCCAACAUGGAGCUCGAAAGACCACCACCACCAGCAACAGCAGCAGCAGCAGGUUUGAAGCGCGUUGCCUGGCCACCACCAGCGGAAAGUGGUGACGACUACCAACAGCAGCAGCAGCAGUAUUCGGUACAGAACAGGUCCCCCUCCCAACCGCCCCAACAGCAGUACUAUCAGCAACCAUCUCCCCAGUUCCAACAGCAGCAACCGGCUUUUCAACAGCAUCAUCCCCAUCCGCAACAGCAGCAACAUCCACAACAACAACAACAGCCGCACCAGCCGCGAGAACGAAUCAUCCCGAUUCAGAGGGCAACAUCUCACACCUCACCGGCGCGUACUCCAAAGUCGCCAGUUAAUCAACUCAAGUAUCCACCGAGCUAUCCGCCGGCGUCACCCCAAAUUUUGUUAACACCCCAGCAGCCUCAGCGCCGUGCCGUUUCUCCGCUAGGUGGUUCCUCAACCGUAGCGUUCAGUGGAGGACGCGCCGUUCUACCCCAACAGCACAAACAACAACAAUAUCAACAACCGGCUCGUCCCGUCAGUGCUCCAUAUUAUCAACAACAACAGCAGCAACAACAUUAUCAACAACUUCAGCACAAUCGAUAUUCUUCACCUUCAACUACGGCUUCACUAGCGUCGCCUCGUUCGCCCCAAAUCAUCGGCGGUGGAGGUGCUCACAGCCCGCGCGGCUGGGCUCACGUUAAAUCACCGGUCCCGGUUUAUCAUCCGGUACCCCAGCAACAACGUCAACAGCAGCCGUACGUCCCACCACCCUUUCAACCGGAACCCGUCCCGUACCAACAGUCUACCUUCGCUGGGUACGGUCACGGUUACGGACCGAGAAAGUCUGACCCGUCAACUCAACAGCCACAGUAUCAACCACAGGCAACGCAAGCCUUCCAACCGCUAGCGUCCGCACAGCAACAGCAACAACUUUAUCAGCAGCCUCCCGAGCCAGCUGUCGUCCCACAGCAACAGUACUACUAUCAACAGCCGGACCAAAUACCAUUCGUCACCACACUACGCAAGGAACCACCGAUGUCGCAGGAACCGGCUCCGGUCUAUCAAACCCAACCAGUUGCUGCUAUUUAUCAAGGCGGUACCAACAAGCGCGGAGAUCAGAAAUGGCCACCGGCGGAGUACAAGAAGCAAAGCGAACUGGAAAACGAAGAACGCCGAAGACUAGCCCAGCAGCCUGCGUUCCGUCCGCGUAAAGUGCAGAAAGACUACAGCAAUUUCUUCGCCAAGAAUGCCCUGAAUCAGACCUACCCUGCCUAUCGGGCACCACCGGGCACUCAACAUCACGACUAGUCAUGCCAGAAGAAGUAAAUGCACACAACAACGUACACGCACACACGAACCAGGCAACACGUUCUACGAAGCAACAUUGUCGACGCUUUACAGUUCCCUUUCUUGCGAUCUUGUACUACGUCAUAAGAGAGAUUUAGAAUAGCCACACAGACAAGUAAAUAAAAAACACAAACAGAAAACGAAAACAAUUCAACAUUUAAAUGAAGAGAAAAAAUAAACACAGGCAAACUUUGCAAGCGCUUGACACGAAACAAAACAAUAUAUACGAACUAAUUACCAAUAUUUAUUAGUAUGAAAACAAAUUCUGUAAACUAUACUUUUUUAUAGGUGAAAAUGAUUGUAACUAAACGUACUGUUAACUGAUGUUAUGUUGAAAAUGACUUUCUGGUAACUGAUAUUAAUUUAACUAAUUUUCUUCUCAAUCGUCUCGAUUUCAGUAUACUUAAACGCCGAUCUAACGCUUAAUUACCGUUCAAUUACUAAUAGAUGAAUAAUCAAACAGCAGGUUAACCGAAAUCGUAUUAUGCUAAACAGAUAUUAAGCUAUCAGAAAUAAAAAUAUACACACAGGGAAAAGCCAAAACAAAAAAAAAUGGGGAAACACGAGUGUUAAAAGCAAUUAUUAAUCAAAUGUUCAAUUGAUAAUGUGUUUUUAGCGAUAAACAUUGUGGAGCCAUGAGGAAGUGCGUACUGGAUACCGAGAGUCUAGGGGAAAACUCAUUCCGAACAGAAAACAGGCCCGUAGGCAACAUAUCUCGCCUGCAGGACAAAUGGGAGACCGCUAUAAAAAUAAUCAUAAACUUCGAGAAACUUGCAUACGGGCCUUAUGGGGACAUACAUUAAGCGCAAGUAGAAAAAAAAAAUUAAACCCAAACCGUAGGCCUUAUAUUUCAUUUAUUUAUUCAUAACCGGCUGUCGCUGGCGGUUGUCGAGGCUUUGGAGACACUACUGACCGGAAGGGUCAGUACGGCUGGACGGGGGAAGGCGGUUUAAAUUUCACACCAGUCGCUACCCUGCUGAUGCCAAUUUGCCGCAGCGCGCUCGCAUCACAGGAAAGGACAACCGACCGAGAGACCGAAAGCACAAAAGAAUUCCAGAUGGAAGAGGCGUGAAAAGAAAAUCCCGCACAAAUGAUAAACAAAAAGUGAUUUCAAACAUUUAUUUAUCUACCCCGAAUGCAAAAAAAAGCCGGCCUCCGAGCGUUUAUGAAAGAAUGAAUAAUUCAUACCAUUUUUCGUUAUUCCAUAAUUCAUGAUAUUACGGAACACUUAAUAUGAAAAUUUCAAACAUAAUUAUUAAAUCGCGUCACUUGGAUAAUGAUACUUUACUUCGCUGAAAAAAUGUGACCUGCGAAACUUCAAGUGCGCUCUGUAACUAAAUGUUUCUGUGAAUUUCACACAUCGACAAACAAUAAUAAUUAUUACUGUUGAUUACCACGCGUAACAACAUACCAGUGAUUAAUAUGCUUAUUUUAUCACCAGGUCAGUUACAAAUGACUGCUACCUUUUAUAAUCAACAAACCAUUAAUUGAAAAUAACAUAUCUAUCAUGUUCAUCGCACGGCCAGCAUGAAAUAAAGUGUAGUAUGUAUAGUACAUUUCGACGAACCAAUAAAUAACAACGCUCCACUUCACGUACCAUCAUACUUCCCUCCCGCAACAAAGUGGUUUAUCUCGGGUCGGCUCAGUGAGCAAAAAAUAACAGCAUGUUGACACCGGAGGAUUAUGAUAUUUUUUCCCGAAUUUUCAUCUGCAUUAUAAGCAUGACGCUAUUUUUUCCCCUCGCCACUACUCUACCAUCACACAGCCAAUUCGGGCAGAAAGCUAAAUUUGGCAAAAACUGACUACUCAUUGGCAGCGUCACCGCCCCCAGGCUCGCGCUGAUUGUGGACAGGAAAAAAGUCAUGUAUCCCCUCUCUUCUCGAAUAUUGAUGAGUUUUACCAAGUGUGUUUUUUUUUCGUUGGCCGACAAAUUCGGCUGAUAAUAGAAUACUAAAUGUUUACGCACGGUUAAAAUAUACAGCACCGGGGAGGGUGGAGAAAAAUCAAUCGAAUCGUCCCUUUUUUCCCAGCCCGCUUUUGGUCAACAGCAUUGCCGCUUCCUCAUGCCUCAUACACUAGAAUACUGCGGAUUUUAUAGUUAUUUUUCAUUAUUCAAAAGCUUCAGAUUAUUCAACGAAAGAGGAAAAAACGGUAUACAUCCGCUAUUGUGUUUCGCAGAACGCUCAUAUGUAUUACUAUUUAUUAUUAUUGUUAGCACAGUGCAACUUUACGAGCCUGGUAUAAUAGUAUGCGUUCGAAACCAAUUAACACAAGAAGCAUACAAGUGAAUUCACACCUAACGUACAGGCACCACAAUGCCAAGCUGAAUCUAAUUGGAUUUGAGGUGAAAAUUUUAUAAAAAUACGUUGGAAAAUAGAUAAAGAAUCAUGUUUGUGCACUCGCGUAACGUAACAGCUAGGAAGAGGAAA